AUGCUCGUCCUCUGGUUUUCAAUCAGGCCGGGUUUGGGUCAACCGGGUCAAAGUGUCGAUCUUCAAACUCUUCUCGAAGUGAAGAAGUCUCUUGUCACAAACCGAGAAGACGAAAACAUUCUCCGAAACUGGAACUCCGAUGAUCCCAAUUUCUGCAACUGGACCGGUGUCACGUGCCGUGGUCGUGUCGUCAUCGGUUUAAAUCUCUCUGAUUUUGACUUAUCCGGUUCAAUACCUCCUUCAAUUGGCCGGUUUAGUAACCUAAUCCACCUCGAUCUAUCUUCCAACAGUCUCGUGGGUCCCAUCCCAACUGCUCUCACCAACCUCUCCUCUUCGCUGGAAACUCUGCAUCUCUUCUCUAACAAACUCCAGGGCAAGAUACCGAGUCAACUCGGCUCACUAGUUAACCUCAGGUCGUUAAAACUCGGAGACAACGACCUCAGCGGAUCAAUCCCGGAGACUUUCGGGAACCUUGUCAGUCUCCAGACGCUCGCCUUGGCCAAGUGUAGACUCACCGGUCCAAUACCAAGGCAACUCGGUCGACUCGUUAACGUGCAAGCUUUAAUUCUCCAACAAAACCAGUUCGAAGGACCGAUCCCACCCGAGUUAGGAAACUGCACCAGCCUCGUUUUUUUCACUGCAGCUUUUAAUGGCCUCAACGGAUCUUUACCAACAGAUUUGAGUCGACUCCUAAACCUCCAGAUACUUAAUCUGGGAAACAACAGCUUCUCCGGAGAGAUACCGAGUCAACUCGGUGAUUUGCGCAAUCUACAAUACCUUAACUUGGUUAGUAACAGACUUCAAGGUUCGAUUCCAAAGAGAUUAACCGGUUUAGAAAAUCUUCAAACCCUUGAUUUGUCCAACAACCAUCUCACCGGAGAGAUACAUGAAGAGUUCUGGAAGAUGAGCCAGCUUGAAGAUUUAGUUCUAGCCAAUAACCGUCUCUCUGGUUCAUUACCAAAGAGCUUGUGCUCUAACAACACAAGCUUGAAGCAACUGGUUUUUUCUGGAACUCAACUCUCCGGCGAAAUUCCGGCGGAAAUUAGAAAAUGUCAGUCAUUACAAGCGCUUGAUCUGUCGAACAAUACACUCACCGGUCGAAUCCCGGAUUCAUUGUUUACUCUCGCUGAACUCAGGGUUUUAUAUCUUCACAACAAUACCUUGAAGGGUACGUUAUCUCCCUUAGUAUCUAACCUAACGAAUCUACAAGAGCUUGCUCUGUACCACAAUGACUUGGACGGAAAGUUACCAAAACAAAUCGGUUUUCCAGCAAAUUAG